GGGAGUAAAGGUUCGGAAGGAGGGAAGCCCCGAGUGCUCCUGGGUAGACGGUGAAGCAGCAGCCACUUCCGCCGAGGAGAGGCCUCGCCAGCAGUAAAAAUGGCGGAGUCGGUGCUAGAAGUUGUAGGGAAGCUGCAGUCGCGGCUCACGGGCAGUUCGGAGCCCAAGAAGCUGAUGAAGAGUUUGAAGCGGCUUUCAGAGUUGCCUAUUACGGUUGAUAUCCUUCUGGAGACUGGAGUGGGGAAAACUGUGAACGGUUUACGGAAACACGAACAGGUUGGAGAGUUUGCCAAGAAUUUGGUGGCAAGGUGGAAAAAGCUAGUGCCAGUCCCACAGGAAGUGGAACGGCCUAACCUCGAACCUGUAGAGCGCAGCUAUGACCGAAGCAUCUCUAGGAAACGGCAAAGGGAACCUUCCCCCAAAGAGGAUGAAGAGGUUGACCAGGACUACACAGAGGCGUACCAGCCUUCCUGCAGCCAGUCGUACGAGCCAGACAAUGGGGCAAAAAAGCCCAAGAGAUAUUAUGAGCCCGAAAAAGCCCAUGAGACGUUGAGCUAUGGUGUUCCAGAGGACAGGACGUGGGGCAGAGAGUCCCCGGUUCUCUCCUCUGACCAGGAAUGCUCUGACUAUGGACAUGCGGCCUCACCCGAGCCUAGUGAUAGCCCUCAGGACCUGUACAUGGACCUCUGUAGAGCUGAGGACCAGGAAAGGGAGCAGAAGUCCCUUAAUCGGAAGUCCAAUAAGGGCCAUGGCUUUCAGGACAGGCAAGAGGGAAGCCAGAGUAGGAGCUUCAGUGACUCCCAGGAGAAAGCCGGCUUGGGUCGGAGCAAAGAGCACAAGUCUUCUCACAAGGAGAAGCUGCGGCUGGAGGCCAAGGGGGAGGAGAAAGGGCCUGCUUUUAGCCCGGAGAGGCUGCUAAAGGCUUCCUCCAAAGAGCCCCUGCGAGACUCUUCUAUGGUGGGGGGCAGCAAGGAGAGGCUGAAGGCCUUGGAUGGCACCAAGCGAGAGAAGAAGAGGGAAGGCAGCAGCAGUAGCAAGAAGGAGAAGCCACACGUGGACUUGGAGGAAACGCUGGACAACCACUUGAGGAAGCAAAAGCACCAGGACUCUGAGAGAGUCAAGCCAGAGAAGGUGAAGCUGGGCAGCCUGGAGGCCUUGCCUGGAGAUCGGGAGAAGCGCAAGCCGGAGGGCGAUCCCCCCAAGAGCAAGGAGAAGAAGGCUUCGGGCAGCUCCAAGAACUUGGAGGGCAAAGCCAGGGCCUCCGAGUCAAACAAGAGACCAGCCAACUUCUCUCCUCCAAACGAUGGGGAGGGAGACGCAGAGGAUGAGUACGAGAAGCCGAAGAUGUCCUUUGAGUCCUACCUGAGUUAUGACCAGCCGCAGAAGAAGAAGAAGAAGAAUGUGGUGAAGCCCACAGCUCCCGUCCCGGAAAAAGACAAAGGGCACGGCAAGCAGAACGGUUCCAAGUCCAGCACCAAGAGCUCUGACACGAGCAGGAAGACACACAAGCAGGCCAGCGAGAAGAAGCAGUCGGGGGCUUCCAAAGCGAAAAAGAUGAUCAUUGACGUGGUGCCAACGCUUCCUGACAUCCCCUUGCCCCCAAUCCAGGCCAACUACCGCCCUCUUCCUACAAUUGAAUCGAUGCCCCUUCCCCAGCCAAAAAGGAAAGUACUGUCCUCACCCACAGAGGAAGACGAGGCUGGCUUCACAGGACGCAGGCUGAAUUCCAAGAUGCAGGUGUACUCAGGCUCAAAGACUGCCUACCUCCCAAAGAUGAUGUCUCUGUAUGAGCAGUGCAUCAGGGUACUCAGCAAUAAUAUUGACUCAAUCUAUGAAGUAGGCGGUGUCCCUUUCUCUGUGCUGGAGCCUGUCUUGGAGAGAUGCACCCCGGAGCAACUGUACCGCAUUGAAGACUGCAAUCACGUUUUAAUCGAGGACACAGAUCAGUUGUGGCACAAUCACUGCCUUCGCGACUUCAAGAAGGAGAAGCCAGAGGAGUUCGAGUCGUGGCGGGAGAUGUACUUGCGCCUGCACGAUGCCCGUGAGCAGCGGCUGCUGAUGUUGACCAAAAACAUCCAGUCGGCUCAUGCCAAUAAACCCAAAGGCAGAGUAGCCAAGAUGGCUUUCGUCAAUUCAGUGGCCAAGCCGCCCCGGGAUGUGCUGAGACGGCAAGCAAAAUUUGGGACUGGAGGAGCUGCAGUCCCAGAGAAAAUCAAGAUCAAACCAGUGUACUUCACGCCAGCUAAAAGCAGCACUGUUCACACAGAAGAGGAACAGUCCUACGAUGGACCCAGCACUAGCAGCGGCCACUCGGGGCCAUCCCUGGGCAGUGCCUCCUCUGCUGGCUAUGACUCCAGGAAGCCUCCUGUGAAGAAGAUUGCACCUAUGAUGGCGAAGACGAUUAAAGAGUUCAAAAACCGAUUUUCUCGGAGAUAAAGACACCCAUGCCUGAGCGAGAAGGGAAUUAUUCUCCUCCUCUUUUGAUGGAAGCAGUGCUUAAUGGGAAAACAGGGAGGGGUUGGGGUGGCUAAGAAUCCCCCCAAGCCCAAUUUUAAGACCAACAGCACAGUAUUGUUCAAAGCAGCCCUCCAGUUCCUUCCUCGGCUCCUACAACCUGGUCUGUUCACCCAGCGUUUUUUAAAAUGUGAAGUCUUGGCACUUGCUGAGAUAAGAAGGUCCACAAACUGUUGCUCUUCCUUCAGUCUCUUUCUCUGAACUCCAGAAUGGAAAGGAAUACCUUCUUCCUCUAUCUACAGUGUUCUUUUCUCAGUCCCAAUAUGUAUGGAUCUUGAUCUCUCCUAGCAUCCAGUUUGGAGAGUUCUUUUUUGCUGGUACUGUUACGAACAAAGGCCUUUACUUGUGACUGUGGCAGCCACUGCUGCUUCUCAAACCCCAUUUGGAAUCCCAGAGCCCUAGAUCCACCCCAUGGUUUUGCCAGCCCUCUAUCAAAUCAUCCCUGGUGCAGCACAUUCUUAUCCCCUCAAUUCUUAAAUCCCCAUUUUCCCUUUUAUCCCUAAAACUCUCAUGCCAGAUAUGUGUUGAUUAGGCCUUUCUACAUAUGGACACAAAACUGUCCCUGCCCCCUGCCAUUUCUCCCUUCUCUUCAUUUGGCAAAAAACACAUGAUAAAGCUCUUCCACUUCUUCCUCUUCCUUUUAAACUCAUAGGAAAAACAGCACAGGAUCUGAGAGGAGGAGCCUCAGGAGGGGAGAGAAAAUGGCAGGUUGCAGAAAUCUAAAUUUAAAGCAGUCUGAUGAAUUGGAGACUGAUCUCUGCUUUUGAAAGCCAAAUUUAUUUUAAAAAGUGAAUAGUGAUGUUUAAGGUUUUGUGUCCCUGCUCCUAACACCUCUCUUGGUGGGUUUGGGGGUGUUGUUGUUGUUCUAAUACCCACUUCCAGUUUUUGGUCAGACUGUUUUCUGACUUUUUAAAAAAAUGAUGACAACAACUGGCACUUUAAUCAGUUCCCUGCAAGGAACUUUGGGAGAGAUGCAUGGAGUAGCUUUACAGCCUGUCUUCAUUUUCACAUUGAGCUUCUAGAUGGGAAGAUGAUGAAACUUCUUUCGCCCAAGAAUCUUGGACGGCACCUAAUCUUAGAAGGAGCUCCAGGGCAAAAGAUGCAGGUGUUUUGUCUACCUUGAAGCGGCAGCUUGUGCAACUGAGUAGAAUCUGGACCUGCAUUUUCCCCAUGCAAGAGGCCAAGGGAGAAAAUCCACUGGGAGUUACAUCUUUCUUGUCUGUCUGAGGAGUUUGAGGCAGCUGUACUUUUGGGGGCCUGCUUUUUCAGCAGCUGAAGGGAGCACAGGCUUUAACUAUUAUUUAUGCUGAUGGUGAUGGGGGUUGUUGGUUGGGCAGGUCUGAAUCAGUUUUGGGAGACUUGACGGUGUGUUUUUCUGGUUGCCAAGGCUGCAUGAAGUACUGCUAGGGCGUGUAUGAAGGAGCCUAGCCCUUUCCUGAUCACGUGAAAGUGGAAGAUGGGAAUCUCUUUCUUCAGUGGUUUUUCAGCCUCGCUCUUGUAAACUCAGGCCUUGCAAAGAUGUUCCACAGUUUGACUGACACUCGGUGGUGUUAACCGAAUUGCAGCAGCUGAAGAAGCCCUGCUACCUUUACAAAACCCUGCUGCUAAUUCCUCAAUGCUUGGGGCUCGAUGGGACCUAUGAAGUGUGUGCCAUGCAAGGUUUGAAAACCUUGAUGUUCUCUCUCUUCAAGCUGAAAAAAGCACCCCAAUGUCCCUCGAAGUUCCAGUUUUAUACACGUGCACACAUACACACACACAUGAAAAUUUUAAUGAUGAUGGUGUUCGAAAACGGGACUCUUGGUCUCUCUCAUGCUGUUUGGAGCUGAUUAAAGUUCCGCGGAAGCUUUAAUGACAUCGUGUAGCAUUUCAAGGUGUGUUGUGAUGUAAAAAAAGAAAAGAAAAUCAUGCUCCUUUUUGCUUUUUGCUGUACUUCAUUUUGCUGUAUUAAUUUAGUUUAUUAUAUAGAUAAAUCUUCUGCCAACUGUUGUACUUAAUGUAUUUUCUCCUUGUAAUAAUUGGGAUCGGUGGUGUGGAUGGGGGGGGGGAAUUGAAGAAUUAUCAAUCACUGAGGAAAGAGCAUUUGACCCUGGAAAAUAGCCCUUCUGUUAGCCACAAAGAGUAAAGGAAACAUGGGUGGUUUCCCUGUUCUUACUAACCAAGGAAGCAUCUGAGGAAUUGUGUAUUUGAAAUGGUCAGCUGGCUGUAGUCCCUCCCACCUUGCAGUGUGUGAUAUCAUUAGUCUGCAGCAGCCCUGGUGUAGGAGAAAGCUCCAUAGUGUACAGCACACAAUAAGUUAUGGCAGGGGGGCGGUGACUGUGGCAGCCACUGGACCGGAAUGAUGUGAUAUCAGGCUUGCUUGACUGAAAAAUGGGCAGUUGGGUGGGCUAGUUCUCAGAGAUCAGGGUUUGCCCCUUAAUUUCUGGUUGUUGCUAUUGCCAUCUUGUUGGUAGAGAUGAGUGUCUAGAUGAUACUUGCUGCUGCUAUCAGCUAUGCCAUCGGGUGUAUCCCACCACUGAAACUGAGCCAUCGAGUAUAUUCCACCCUUUGUGUCUAAUCUGAGACUUCAGCUGUCUUAUCAGUAUUACGGACUAGUUAGGUGGCAUUGUCUGAUGAAAGUUGCAGUGCAAAUACUGUGACGUCUAGCUCAGUGAUACUGGAACAAAUUUUCUCAAAUAGGAAAAGCGGACCCAAUGAAGAAUGAACUAGCACAUUGUCACACCCCUCUAUUUUACAGGUGGGCUUUUUCUCCAGCCAGAUGCUAGAUCAGUUGGCUUAAAAAGCAUUUUUUUAAGCUUUUCAGUGCCUGGGUGAUACACAAACAAUCUCAUGCAGAGUAAAAUGACUCCAAUUCUGAUUCUUCUUUGGGCUUCCCACACAUUUUAAAAUGGGUACAAUUUUCAGAGCUAUUCUACAUGCAAAGGAAUUGAAUGAAAGUGCCCUUCCUCCCCUUUCUUCCUUUUUUUUGCAUACUACAAGGAAAAGGUAAUGCUGAAUUGCAUUUGUCUUUUGUUUCCCACAGCUGUAAAUAACAGUUUUCUAUUUUACUUUUUUGUGGUAACUAUAUGGAGAUGAAUAUUUUAACUAGAUAAGUUAUAUGAAAGGAAGAAAAUUGUGUCUCAAUAAAAGCCAAACACUGGACAUUU